AUGUGGGACUUAUUUGGAUGGUUUAGAGAUAUCUUAUCUUCCCUGGGGUUGUGGAACAAGCACGGCAAACUUUUGUUUCUAGGUUUGGAUAAUGCUGGUAAGACUACCCUGCUUCAUAUGCUGAAGAAUGACAGGCUGGCAACUUUGCAGCCCACUUGGCAUCCAACCUCCGAGGAGUUGGCUAUCGGCAAUAUCAAAUUUACCACUUUCGAUCUGGGUGGCCAUAUCCAGGCUCGUCGUUUGUGGAAGGACUACUUCCCAGAGGUGAACGGGAUUGUGUUUCUUGUUGAUGCCGCCGACCCAGAAAGACUUAACGAAGCGCGCGUCGAGUUGGACGCCUUAUUCAACAUUGCCGAGUUGAAGGACGUUCCCUUUGUAAUUUUGGGCAACAAAAUUGACUCACCAAACGCCGUCUCCGAGACUGAGCUAAGAUCUGCCUUGGGUCUGCUAAACACCACUGGUGGAGCCAGAAUCGAAGGGCAGAGACCCGUCGAGGUGUUCAUGUGUUCUGUCGUCAUGAAGAACGGAUAUCUGGAGGCCUUCCAAUGGUUAUCGCAGUAUAUUUAG